CAGCGGUCGCCGUUGAUUGGUUACAGUAAAGUGGUUAAGAGUCCAGAGAAGUAACAUUGUAACCGAGGAAGUAAGAUACUUUUAUUCCCGAAGAAUUCAUCUCUGCACCGGACUUAAUUCUUAAGUUAAUAAAGGGGGCACUGUCUCCUAUCUGAGGCAGCGCUGCCAUGCCGGCACAUCCCGCGCCAAAGGAGUCCGAGGAGGAGAUGGACCUGGAGCAGGAGGUGCCGGAGACCAAUGGGGAGCUGGACGAGGAGCGGGAGCGUGAAGGGGGAGAAGGGGAGGAGGAGACGAUGGAGGAGAGCGGUGAGGACAGGGAGAGCGAGGCGGGGAGCAACUCCGAGGACAGCGAAGCUGAAGAGGAGGAAGAGGAAGAGAGCUCAGAGAUGGACGAUGAGGACUAUGAGAGAAGGAAACUGGAGUGUCUGGAUGAGAUGUCGUAUCUGGAGAAGCAGUUCAUGGAACUUAAAGAAAAGCUGUUCCGGGAGAGGUUAAGCCAGGUGAAGCUGAAGCUGGAGGAGGUGUUGGCAGGACACGCAGGGGAGUACAAAGAGCCGUUGGCCGUCUUGCAGCGGAACAUGCAGCUGCGCACAGAGGUCGCCGAGGUCUACAAAGAGCUGUGUCUGCAGGUGAUCAAGCACAAGUACGACUGCGAGCUGCAGGGGGCACAGCAGCACCUGGAGAGUGAGCGCUCACUGCUGUUCGACACCAUGAAGACGGAGCUACUGGAUCAGAUCCAUAGACUGGAAGAAGAGAGGCAGAGCAGGGACAUCAAUUCGGAAUGGUGGAGCGAUGAACUGAAAGGGAAGAAAUGUAAAAGGCGGAGCCACACGACACGACCAGAGAGAAGGAAGAAAUCAACCCUCGUGUCUGGGCCCUACAUAGUCUAUAUGCUGAAAGAUGUCGACAUACUAGAAGACUGGACAGCCAUUAAGAAGGCUAAAGCAGCCGCGCUGCCCUUGAAGAAGAAAUCGGAAAACAGACAGCAGUAUGGCACACGCUGCCAGGGGGGGACGCUGUACUUCGAGGGGGAGCGUUUCUGCAAAGGGAACACGAUCCUCCUGCGCGUCAAGGAAGACAGCCCCUCACAGUCAGUGCCGCUCGCUCUCUCCCCACGUCUCUCUCUCUCUCGCUCCGUCCUUCUCCGUCUCUGCUCCUCUCCCCCGCUCCCUGUUGGCAUGUCAUCAUCUCUCCUGCGGCCUGUUUCAAACUGAGCGACACCAAGGUUUGUUCUUGGGCCGUCCCAGACAAUAUGAACACGGUUGAAAUUCAUAGAGCAGCUGAUGCUGGCUGUCCGGAUGACGGAGGUGCCACACUUACGCAAAAUGGCUCUGCAGGGGCGUCCUUGGGAAACAGGAAGUGUGUCCUGAUUGGUUCAAAGGCCUGUGCAGGUACCGUGUAUCCGGUGCAUUGACCUCUGACCUUAGUGACCUGGAUAAGUCUAAAGUCAAGGUACUUUUAUUAUCAACUCCAGCUAUCUUAUCCGUCCCUCUGAAAUGAAAUUAUGAUGGAUUUGAUUGAUCCCAGGGGGAAAUUCUGAUGCAUUUACCAGCCAGAACUUACACCUAGUGUCAAACAGACAAGGUGUACAGUGCACAUAGUGCAGACAAAGGAAGCAUAACGAAGUACACAGUACAUAAAUUAAAUUCAUGUCAUAAUUAUAUGCAAGAAAAUUAUGUGCAGUUACAACGGAUCGUAUUGUAGUAAGACUGGGUGCUUUCUGACGUGGUACGGCUGUGGAUGGGAAGCGGCACGUCGGGGGCUGCCGUCGUGUCUGAUGGCAGCCUUUGAGCACGCCGUGGUGGAAUGAGCCAGUGGCUGUAUGAGCUCCAGUAUAGCGCCCCCUAGAGCGGAUGGGCAGAAUUUUUCAUAAUUACCAUCUUGUUGGUGACACUGACAAAGACACACUGACAAUUUAAAUAUAACAUAAUGAGACUUUUACAUAAGAUAUGGACCGAAAAUACAAUGAAAAAUACAGUUUAUAAAUAGUUUCAAAUGCAGUUAUGCAAUUGGACAAUGAAUUGAAUGUGCAAUAAUAGAGUUUUGUUACAGUAUUAUGGAUGUGCAAUAAUAGAGUUUGGUUACAGUAUUAUGGAUGUGCAGUAAUAGAUUUUGGUUACAAUAUUAUGGAUGUGCAGUAAUAGAUUUUGGUUACAAUAUUAUGGAUGUGCAGUAAUAGAUUUUGGUUACAGUAUUAUGAAUGUGCAAUAAUAGAUUUUGGUUACAGUAUUAUGGAUGUGCAGUAAUAGAUUUUGGUUACAGUAUUAUGAAUGUUCAAUAAUAGAGUUUGGUUACAGUAUUAUGGAUGUGCAGUAAUACGUUUUUGGUUACAGUAUUAUGGAUGUGCAGUAAUAGGUUUUGGUUACAGUAUUAUGGAUGUGCAGUAAUACGUUUUUGGUUGGCAGGAUCUUGAUUGACUCCGGGUUCGGAAAAGCCUGGAUUUAUGAUCAGCAUUCUAAUAUCAAUAAUUAGUAAUUAGUAAUAGGUUUGGAGUAAGUAAUUUUGGAACAUCUUCAGCUCAAACCUGUAUGCAGUGGAACAGCGUAAAGGACACAAUGUCAGCACACUGAUGACAGCAUGUGGGAAAUGAUUUGAAUGGACGACUUCCUCCGUAAUGGAAUGAGAGAUGGAUUUUGGGAUUGGAGUACAGUAGGCAUGUGUGUGUGUGUAUUUGACAUUGGUGUGUGAGGAGAGUAGAGGAGAUGCCAGAUAUGUGACAAACGGCAAGUAGACUUGAUCGGCAGUGUCAGUCAAUAUUCAUCCCUGUCUCUCCCUCAGAGCCGUCAUCACAGCAGUGAGCUCCGGCGAAGUCUGGUUGAAGCGAACGGACGGCAGCAAGACCAAGAUUUAUGUUUCGCAGCUUCAGAAAGGCAAAUACACAAUCAGCAAGGCCUGAGGAGGGGAGGGCGGCAGCGGGAUUUCCCUCAGAGCACUGCCUCUGUGUCUGACAAAAGAUGCACUCAAAUAAGUAAUACUACAACAGCACUGUAAUUUUAUGUAUAUUUUGUUAAACUGUAAACUGGAAGAGAUUUGUGCUUUUAACUGGCUAUUUAAAUGAUCAUAUAUUUAUAAUUGAAAUAAUAUAACUGACAGUGUUUAAUGAGAACCUCCUUGUGCGUGUUUUCUCGUGCGUUAGGUUGAAAAGCACGAGCACAAAGAAGCGCAGAAAAUAAUUCCGCGGCGGUGCAGUAUUCGAGAUUGUCCACCAGGUGGAGCUUGUGUCUUUCUAGAGAGAGACAGUCUGCGCAUGACUCAUCAGUGAUUGGCUAUGAAAACAAUAUCAGCGAUACAUGUACAAAGAACGAACUUGCGGUAAUGUGUUUCUGGGUAUGUGUGUGAAAUGGCAUUAGUCAGUACAUCUUCACAGUCAAAUGAGGCCAUUUACCUUCAGAAAUGUUUGGUCAUAAUUAUUUUCAGCUCAAAUUAAGGACAAGCAAAUAGUUCAGCUCAAGCUGUGUAAGGCCCUUAUUUGCAGCUCUGACUGUUUGACACAAAAGUCACACUAUGAAGCUAUAACAAGCCCUCGAUCAGUGACUGUGGUGGACAUUUCAUUAGAAGCUCUUGUACAAGGAGAUGAAUGUUAGUGAACCACCGACAAAGGGACAUUGACUGCUCAUUGUCUUUCAGCUUCAGAGUGAACAUCAGGAACUCCAGCCAUUAACAAAACACAUAUAUUGAUCAAGAACGUAUGUGCAUUCAUCAAGAAUUGAGCUUGUGGGAGUUUUACUUGCACAAAAAUGUUGUCAGGCCAGGGUGAAAAAUGAUUGGUUCAGAAAGAUAACCAAUCAGAUUGUACAGGAGGUGGGUCCAAGCAACUAGAGGAGGAGAGACCAAGACAUUUGAUUGGUUGGUCCUGCCUCCUCUAGGUGCUUGGACCUACCUCUUUUACAAUCUGAUUGAUUAUCUCUCUGAACCAAUCAUUUUUGUUAAGGCCUCAGAACAUGUUUGUGUAAGUAAAUCUUUUAUGAGCAGGAAGAUAGCUGUAGGAAUUCCGACAUUGGAUUGACACAGAAUUAUGUAGAAUUGGGGCAGUAUAAUUUCUUCAAAUAUGUUUGCUUUUUUUAGCACAGGCCAUACUUCAAAAUAAAACUGAAUAAAAUCGA